GCUAGAACUGAUGUUGUGGAUGAAGAUAAUAAAAUUUUACUGCAUUAUGCUAGUAAAUCUGAUAAAGUUGAAAUGCUCAAUUUUUGGAUUAGAAGAAAUUAUGAUGUCAAUGCUUUGGAUAAAAACAAUAGAACUCCAUUGUUUGAUGCUAUAGAUAGUGAUAAUAUUGAAAUCGUUGGAGUACUAUUAAAUAAUGGAGCUAAAACUGAUGUGGUAGAUAAAUCAGGUGAGACGCCACUACACUAUGCUUGUAUGACUGGUAAAGCUGAUAUUGUCAAAUUAUUGAUUACAAAAGGAAAAGCUGAUGCAAAUGCUCUGAAUAAAAGGAGCGAGAAAACUCCAUUGUUUUAUGCUGUUGAUAGUGGUAGUAUUGAAGCUGUUGAUAUUCUAUUGACUCAUGGAGCUAGAACUGAUGUUGUAGAUAAAAAUAAUUAUACUGGCACUCCUUUACACUGUGCUAGUGAAACUAAUAGUGCUGAUAUUGUAGAGUUAUUAAUAAAAAAAAAAAUGCUGAUGUCAAUGCUGUAAAUGAGAGGAAUAGAACUCCACUUUUUAAUGCAGUUGAUUGGUGUAGGAUUAAUGUUGUUGAUAUUUUACUAGUGAAUGGAGCUACAACUGAUAUUGUGGAUCAAUAUGGGGAGACUCCUUUACAUUUUGCCAUUAAAAGAGGUGAAACUGAUAUUGUUCAGCUGCUAAAAAAGCAUAUGUAUCAUGAGAUAAAGGAAGAUCUUGCCACAUCACAUUCAAAGAUUAGUAAAUAGAGAAAUGACUCAUUACUUAUUAAGAUAUUAAAAGGCAGUAUUAAGAAGAAAUGAGUUCAUAUUUUGGUCAUUAUUACUACAGAUUAUUAUAUUAAAGUAUUUUAGUAGCAUUUUUAUUUAUUUUUGAAGAGCUGAAAUUUUUACAACUUCAAAAGUGAAAGCUAUUCAAGACUAUAUAAUGUGUUUAUAUGGCUAGUACUGCUGGAGCCUUCAGUUUUUUAGUUUUUGAUCAUCAACAAUAAAAUUUGUUGAAAUAAAGCAAGCGAGAAAACAAUAAAA